GCAAUGUAGUCAUUACACAGGCUGUGUCUUGAGGACCCCAUUGAUCAGUCGCGAGGGACCUCACUGAGGCGUAAGCUGUGAAAGCCACAACACGAAAAGUCUGGUAGGCGUCGGUGUUUCGGAAUUUUACGCAGCGGCAGAUGGGCAUUUUUUUUUCACAUUGGGGACAAACCUUAAUGACUAAAUUGACCCAAGAAUGCAGCCUGUAGCGUUGCACUCUUAUAUAGACUAUCCAACACAUCUGGCAAAGGAUUUUUUUUUGAUGACAACAAUUUCCACGUAAAACAUUUUGUGCCCCAGACUAGAGCAUACUUCGCAGGGAAUGGCUGGGUCAUCGAACGAAUCAAACAUUACGCGUAACUUCACGAAUCAGUUUGUUCAGCCUCCAUGGCGAGUUACGCUUUGGUCAGUAGCAUACAGUUCAGUGGUGGCAGUUGCUGUGUUUGGAAAUCUAAUUGUUAUUUGGAUCAUUUUGGCUCAUAAGCGAAUGCGAACGGUUACAAAUUACUUCUUGCUUAAUUUGGCAUUCUCUGAUGCUUCGAUGGCUGCCUUCAACACACUUAUUAAUUUCAUUUACGCCGUUCACGGCGAAUGGUACUUUGGAGAGGCGUAUUGCAAGUUCCACAACUUCUUCCCCGUCGCCGCUGUGUUCGCAAGCAUCUAUUCCAUGUCUGCUAUAGCUGUUGACAGGUAUAUGGCUAUCAUACAUCCUCUGAAGCCCCGUUUGUCAGCCACUGCUACUAAAGUUGUGAUAGUGUGCAUUUGGGCGUUGGCAGUUGUGUUGGCCUUCCCCCUCUGCUACUACUCUACCACCUGGAAGAGACCCCAGAGAACAGUAUGUUAUGUGGCGUGGCCCAGACACUCCGAUGAUCCUUUCAUGUAUCAUAUCAUUGUGGCUGUGUUGGUUUACAUGCUCCCCCUGGUGGUAAUGGGUAUCACCUACACCAUUGUGGGGAUGACACUGUGGGGUGCAGAAAUACCUGGAGACUCAUCAGAUAACUAUCAUGACCAGCUCUGUGCCAAGAGAAAGGUGGUGAAGAUGAUGAUUGUGGUGGUGGUGACUUUCGCCAUCUGUUGGCUGCCGUACCAUGUGUAUUUCAUCGUGACUGUGCGGAAUAAAAGGCUGCUCCGCUUGAAGUCCAUUCAGCAGGUUUAUCUGUUUGUGCUUUGGCUGGCCAUGAGCUCCACAAUGUACAACCCCAUCAUCUACUGCUGCCUCAAUGGAAGGUUUCGGGCGGGGUUCAAGCAAGCACUCCGCUGGUGCCCGUUGGUGCAUGUGUCAAGUGCAGAUGAGCUGGAAUUGCGUGCUAUUCGCCUGGAGCCACGCAACCAAAGCAGCAUGUGCACGCUGUCCCGUGUCGAGACCAGCCUCCAUGGCGAUGACCGGAGCCGCAACCGUGACAAGCCUGGAAACCCGCUUGGUCAAGCAGGCGUCGCCAACGGCAGCACUAAAGAGGGCGAGUCACCGGCCGUCUCUGAUCUGCAGGGGCCACAGGAGCACGUGACAGCAGGCCACCUCCGCUGACGAGACCCAAAUACCCACGGUCUUUCAUGAAGACCCACUCCAGCAAACAUCAAUGAUUUAACCUUUUCCAUAUGCUCAAUAGGUGUUUAUUUACGUGUUAAGAUACAUAUCACAAGUAAAAUGAACAGUAGGUGAUUUGUAGAACGUGAAGACUAUAGGCCUAUACAGUAAUUAUGAUGUGUCAACUUGUAGACGACCUUGGAUGAAUUAUUCCAAUAUUACUGUGCGUUCAGACCAAGAGCGACCAAAGCUGCAAAAUUGCCGGAAGUAAUUGACUUUGAAUGGGAACGAGCGACUACAGUGACCAAAAUGACCCCAGCGACCAGCAUAAAAAUUUGGGCGAUCAGAGCGACCAAAAAAAAAUAAAAACAGUUUAACUUUAUGCAAAUUAGAUAUGAUUCGCUUUGGCUGCAAAACGCUGACAACCAAUCAGAAUGCAGGCGUGCUUCGCUUGUGUGGAUGUCAUAAACGAAAUCGAACGUUCAAAUCUCUCACAUCAUGAGCGACUUGUGCGAAAAAAAUAAAAAUAAUUAACGCUGCAUUUUCCAGCGUCAAAAGCGACUUUGCAGCUUUGGUCGCUCUUGGUCUGAACUCACAGUAAGAAUUACGUUUUGUAAAUCAAAGAGGGGGUAUAGAUGCAUACAAGUUGUUUAAAUGGUGUCAAGGGAUUUUUCAUUGUAGAAAAAAUAACAUUUGAAUGAAUAUUCAAAGUAUGAAUACUGUAUGUACCUGGGCCUGUCAGUCCUAAAGACAGAAAGAAAGAAUGGUGUUGUGAUUCAGUGUUUCUUUGCGUCAUUUUAUCUGAAUGUAUAAUGCUGCUUUUGAUGUAGAAGGACCAAUAUGUGUAUUGUGCCUUUUUGUGAAUAUGAAUUUGUCUGAAUGAAACAUGUGAAUGAACAGCAAAACAGGCAAAUGAUUGUCUGAGGUUUUGUUGUGGCAUUUUACAAAGCCGUUAAAGAAGUGUUUACUUGCAAUACUUUGCUAUUAAAUGCUGACUGAAUAUAGGCCAGCUGUACCUUAUAAAAUGUGAAUGUCGUUAAUACUGUGUGUGGUAUUUAAAGGCUUCUAAGUCACAGUCUUAUGUGAUGUUGAGGUUUUUCUUGAUAAAAAAAAACAGUUCUACGCUUUCUAUAUGUUCAGUACGUGCAGUUUCAUUGAUGGCAUUUGAGUUAAAAUUGUAAUUGGAGUAAUUCUGAUG